CUGAGGAUGUCCACACAACAGGAUUAUUGUCCCAGGGUGUGUGGGUGCUCAUUGUCUCAGCAGACAAUGGCCUUGAUUUUAUCCCUGGGUUUGUCUUACUUGGGAAGAAGCCUCCUCCUAGGAGACAAAAAUUACACCUCCAGCUGUUAGACAGGGGCUAUGUUGAAGAGGUUACCGAGCGGGUGGUGGAGAAUUUAAAACCGCGCCUUUGCUGAAAGAGAGGCAGCAAUGGAUCAGAGGAAAGCAGCCUGGCCAAGCAAACUGCCCUACCUACCACAGUGCUGAAAGCAAGGUGCUUCUGGUUGGACAGCAGUUGCUGCAGGGAUGUAGAGAUGAGGGAAUAUUUAUGAUUUGCCAAAGUACGAGGGGAACUCGGCAAGGACAUCAGAAGUGGGAUGCCCCUGUCUUCUCUCUUCAGGGAUGCCUCGCUUUGUGUGCAUCUUUUGUCUGCUAUGCUGUUUCUAAACGGUAAAAAUUCUAAAAAUAAGAAGUCAGCAAGGUGGAUUGGGUGAUCAGGUGCAUUUCUCUUUUGGAAGAGAUGGUCCUGGUCAUGAAGCUUCUGUUCCUCACCUGCCUAUGGCCAACAGCAGUGCUUCACAGUUCUCACAGUCAGCAUCACCGUCUUCAUCGUCGGCAUCAAAUGUCAUUCUCAAGAAAACAUAACAGUAAACGAGAAAUUAAAAUGAGGAAACUUGACAGCACGAAGGUCCGACCACUUAAAUCCGAGCAGCUUCUUCACAUAGAGGACCAUGACUUUGCACUGAGACCUGGAUUUGGAGGGUCGCCAAUACCUGUGGGCAUUGAUGUGCAGGUGGAGAGCAUUGACAGCAUAUCUGAAGUUGACAUGGACUUCACAAUGACUUUGUAUCUCAGACACUACUGGAAGGAUGAGAGACUCUCAUUCCGUAGCAACAAAAACAAAAGUAUGACUUUCGACGGACGGCUGAUAAAGAAGAUCUGGGUACCUGAUGUGUUUUUUGUGCACUCCAAAAGAUCUUUCAUCCAUGAUACAACUGUGGAAAACAUCAUGCUCCGGGUGUAUCCUGAUGGCAAUGUCCUCUUCAGUCUGAGAAUAACAGUUUCUGCUAUGUGCUUCAUGGAUUUUAGUAGGUUUCCUCUGGACACACAGAACUGUUCUUUAGAACUGGAAAGUUAUGCAUACAAUGAAGAUGAUCUGAUGUUGUACUGGAAACAUGGCAACAAGUCCCUGAGCACAGAUGAGCACAUUUCCCUCUCCCAGUUCUUCAUUGAGGAAUUCAGUGCUUCCAGUGGACUUGCUUUUUACAGCAGUACUGGUUGGUACAAUCGACUUUUUAUCAACUUUGCACUCCGCAGACAUAUUUUCUUUUUUGUGCUACAAUCCUAUUUCCCAGCCAUGCUGAUGGUGAUGCUGUCUUGGGUUUCCUUCUGGAUUGAUAGAAGAGCUGUUCCUGCCAGGGUGUCAUUAGGUAUAACUACAGUGCUGACAAUGUCGACCAUCAUGACAGGAGUAAGUGCCUCAAUGCCUCAAGUGUCUUACAUAAAGGCUGUGGAUGUGUAUUUAUGGAUCAGCUUCCUUUUUGUCUUCCUGUCAGUCAUCGAGUAUGCAGCAGUAAACUAUCUCACCACAAUUGAAGAGAGAAAACAACUCAAAAAAAGGGGCAAGGCUUCGGGAAUGUACAGCAUGGAUGCAGUGCAAGCAAUGGCUUUCGAUGGCUGCUUCCAUGACACGGAUGUGGACAUGGAUCUGACUCCUUUCCCAGACCCCUGUGAGGAGAAUGAGACCAGGGCAAGUCAAACCAACAUCUCCAAUGCAGACACACCUCGCUUGAAGAGGAAGAGAUCUCUGAAGGGAAACGUGGGCAGGAUUAUUUUACAGAACAAUCAUGUUAUUGACACAUAUUCCAGGAUUAUAUUUCCCAGUGUAUAUAUUGUGUUCAACUUUUUUUACUGGGGUUUGUACAUAUGAACUAAAAUGCUUAUAAACUAGAACUUAUUGUGUGUAUGAGGGUUGCAUCAUACUUCAAAAAUAAUGCAACAGCAGUAGAGGAAAAGGUUAUGAUUUUCCAAGAGACUUCUACAUCAAACCUGGGCUGGUUUGGUCAGCAGCAAAACUCCUCAUAAAAAACUCUCACGUGUCUGGGUUCUUUUCCAGCUGGACUAUGCAGAGCUUCACUGGGGUGAUCCAUCCCAUGCACAGGGGAUGUGCUGCAGUAGCACAGGAGCUCACUAAGGGAGCCCUUUGUCAGGCCCCUGAACAGACAGCAGCUCCCACCUGAGGUAUUGCCCUGUCUCUGUCUGCACUCCAACCCUUCCUCUUGAAUCAGCCUCUCUGUUCUUCACCUGUGCUCCAUUUUGGUCAGCAAUUGGCACCAACCACUUUGGGAUAGCUCCUGUCCUUGUUUCACUUCCUGCAUUUCAGUUUGCCAGGGCAACCUAUGUGCACCUCAGCAGCCUCUGCCCUGGGAUGGGAACCAGGGGGAAAAUGAUGGCUCACCAGUGCAGUAGGGACCAGCAGGAAGCAGAAGGCCAGGCUGAUGGGGCUUUGUAGAUCAUGCCUCAACAGCACUUCAGGAAAACCCUUCACCCUUCUCAGCUGUCCAUGAAUCUCCAUGGGACCUCUGUUUUGAAGAAUCUGGCUCACCAGUCCCUGAGGCAGCACAGGAGCAGCAUCCCCAGCACAAGCUGUGUCCUUCACAUGUCACCUCUGCCCCACCUUAACCUGCUGUAAUCCCUUGCUUCCUGCAGAACCCUUUGGUUUAGAAACCCUUUGGUUUUAGACAACUUUGUCAAGAGAACAAACCAACCACGCCUUCAGUUCUUCUGUUUAUGUUGCACGUGAACUUGGGGUUUUGCCUCCUUCCCUCUCCCUUUGGCUUUGGAGAUUGAAUGUUCCAGUGAGGAGAAGCUGCCUCUGCCCCUUACAGCAGUGAUCCCCAGCACAGUUCCAGGAAAAAAAGGAAACAGCUGUGCCAAAAGAGACACAUACAGGAAACCUGUCAGUCUCAGAUGAAUCCUUCAUGGAAAUAUCCUUAGGUUCAGGCUAAGGAGGCUGAAUUAAGGAUGUUCAGGGAUAAACACAGAAAGUUUUCACAACUCCAGGAAAAGAAUCAAGAUUACUUUUGUAACUUUCCCAAAUAAGGAGCAUUUUCCACUAAAUUCUUUGGAUCCAUCUGUCAUUUAAUGAGCUGAGUUUAUAUUUACAAAGUCAGUUCAAAAUUAUCAUUUGUGGUGGAAAAAGGUGUCACAAGGUAAAUGCUUGGUCACUGCUUGGUCAAGUUUAUUGGUCAAGAAAGUGGGAAUAAAAUUGGAAGCCUAAAUCA